CAGAGUGGCUGGGGAGGCCCAGCCAGAUGGGCCAGCUACAAAUAAUAAAUUAUUAUUAUUAUUAGUGAUUAUAUGUGUGUGUAUCAGUGACUAACAAAACAUGCAUUUAAAAUUCCUAUUGCAAAUUGCUUCAGCAUCUGCCGUCAUCAGUUGCUCUGAUAACAAUGAUGUCAUUUCAAAGGUGGCAGUUAUAGAUCUUUGAGGACAGAAUGCUCAGGAGACCUUCAUUCUCUGAAGCUAAGCAAUCCUGCUGCUCUCCCCUGUGUUGAAGCCAUGCAGUGUUAAUGUGUCUGGCAUGGACAUCUAAAGGUUCUCCCUUUCUGCUAACAUUUUCGGAUCUGUUGGCAGCUCCAGAGCAAUUACUGCCGGGCUGCGGUUCUGAGAAUUCAAAUGUUUACCACCAGACAUAUAUUAGCCAUAUGCAUGCUCCUAAUAGUUAAAUCUGUUUUUUUAUUUUUAAGAGAGCUAUUGUAUGUCAGAAGAAAGCAUGUUAAACCUACACCGGAAACCCACGGCUGUAAAAAUCCUGCACUCUCUCUGCACAACUGGGAGUACCGCUCCAUAUGACCAUUUCCAUUCACUUCAAUAGAGGGACCGCUCUCCUGCAGGUUUUGGGUGAGUAUUAGUUGACUGCUAUGUGAAUGCUUUACAGUGAUGGGUGUCCACAGGAGGGGGCAAUGGUUAAAUGCUUGAGCCAACGCCAUACUUGCCUCAUGAGGUUGUUAUGAGGAGGAUUAAGCAAAAGACCCAAUUCCAGAGAAUACAGGCAUUGUUUUCCAAAUGCAACAAUGAUAUACAGCAACUACGAACCCAUGCUAACGAUUUUCCAAUCAUGCUUUAGCUAAACAUUCCUGAGGGGCUGUUCUGUUGUUCUCAUUUAUUUGUUUUACCCCAUAAUUGCCUUCCAUCUUUGUCUGCUUAAGACAACGAGGAAUAAAAAGGCACUCAUAAUUGAAUUCAAGGAAGAAAUGAUACCAUGCGGAUUGAUGCCAACCUUCCCCUGAGAUAAUAACAUGGUGAACACAAGAAUACAGCUGAAGGAUCAUGUAUUUUAUUAUGAGAAGCAUCAUUCAAAGCAACUGGGAAAUUAGUAAGAAUCACCACAUUUCAGUAUACUAACAUGGUGGUGCAGUUCUAUGAGUUAUGCAUAAUAGUGAUUUUGUGAAGAACAUUGCAGAAUUACAAAGCCUUUAAGGAGUAACAGAUAACUUAAAUGUGUCUAAGUAAAGGAGAAUGAUAUUGGCUUCACUUUAAGGAGAAAGUGAAGCUCUUUAUGGAUAUGAUUAGUUGUUCUUGUGGUGCUGGAGGAGACUCUUGAGAGUCCAGUGGUCUGCAAGAAGAUCAAACCUAUCCAUUCUGAAGGAAAUCAGCCCUGAGUGCUCACUGGAAGGACAGAUCAUGAAGCUGAGACUCCAGUACUUUGGCCACCUCAUGAGAAGAGGACACUCCCUGGAAAAGACCCUGAUGUUGAGAAAGAUGGAGGGCCUAAGGAGAAGGGGACGACAGAGGACGAGAUGGUUGGAUAGUGUUUUCGAAGCUACCAGCAUGAGUUUGACCAAACUGUGGGAGGCUGUGGAAGACAGGAGUGCCUGGCGUGCUCUGGUCCAUGGGGUCACGAAGAGUCGGACAUGACUAAAUGACUAAACAACAACAAAGUUGUUCUUGAACAAGGCAUAGAUUGAAGCAUUUGUGUCUCACGGUACUGCAUCAGUUAUUACUGUUUAAGAGAAAUGUUCAGCUGCACUUUAGUCCAUCUUCACAUGAAGAAGAAGAAGAAGAAGAAGAAGAAGAAGAAGAAGAAGAAGAAGACGAAGAAUUCAAGUUAUUUGGACAAAUUGUAAACAUUUCACAGAGAUCUGAAAGUGUCUGUGUGAGAGCCUCAGCUGAUUUGUAGGCUUGCCUAUAUUAGGUCCUAAUUUCCAGCAAUUUUAGUUAAAGAAUCUUGGGUAGCAAGGUUGAAAAAUGCAUUUACUUGUGUUUCUGCUGCCAGUCAGACUUGACAGUACAGUGGUACCUCAGGUAACAUACGCUUCAGGUUACACACUCCACUAACCCAGAAAUAGUGCUUCAGGUUAAGAACUUUGCUUCAGGAUGAGAACAGAAAUCGUGCUCUGGCGGUGCGGCAGCAGCAGGAGGCCCCAUUAGCUAAAGUGGUGCUUCAGGUUAAGAAUAGUUUCAGGUUAAGUACGGACCUCUGGAACGAAUUAAGUACUUAACUCAAGGUACCACUGUACUGAGGUGGAUGGACCAAUGUUGUGACUUGGUUUCAAGUAGAUUCAGAUGUUCAUGAACCUCUGUGUAGGCUAUAUCACUGCAGAUGGGAGCUCAUGGCACUGAAUGCUCUACCCUUCAAAAAAAAACCCUACGUCCUGCUCAGCUGGCCACAGGGACACUGCAAGGAGUUGACAAACUGAGUUUUAUCAUUCCCCUGCAGAACUCACUUCACCAUUGACCCCAUUCAUUAAAUGCCAUGUUUGCCUUUUCAUGCUUCCUUGAGGGCUCAAAGAUAGAAAUCCCCUGCUUUGUUACUCAUCUCAGCUGACUCCAUGAUGGGAAAUAGUGGACAGUGAGUUUUUCAGGAUGGUAGUCUGGGCGAAGGGUCUGCAUAUUGCUCAUGGUGCAUGGAUGAAAUAAAUGGGAGACCCCAAACAACUCAGUGACACCUCAGUACCUCUACAGUUUCUGCUGAUAUACUGUGUCAAACAAAGGGAGAAACUUGUUAGGUUGAUGAAUGAGCAAACACUGGACCUAGGACCAUCUGUCUACUUUGUACUUUACCACUAGGGAAUAGUCCUACAGUAGGCCUCUUUAGUUUGGAUAUGGCUAUAUUGCUAUUCUCUUUGGAGGUUGAAACACAGGAUGAAGUAGAAGGUAGUGUUCCACAGGCCAAGCACCCAAGACGCAACAGACAAUUCAUUAGUCUACCUCCCAUCUGCUGCUGUGGCUGUGGGGUUAGGGAGUGACUUUGCAUAGUGAGAAUUUAGGGCUUUUGACCUGCUGCUCACAUUUAUGUUUGGCAUCCUUGGCAAAAACACCCACUGACUUCCAUCGCAGCUAUAAGGCAGCUUGUGGUGCUGGCCUAUGAGCUUUUUCUUGUGAUAUAUGCCAUCCUUAAUCAUCAAGCUGACAUCUUGUUCCUCCACACAGGGGGCACUAAACAGAGCAGAGUUUAGUAGGAGCUUUGGAUCCAUAGCAGAAUCUGAACCAUGAUUCUGGAAACUCCAUAAGAUCUCCACACUUUCUUCUUACCUAAUGGACGUGAAGCUUGAUGUAUGCUGUUCUUGUAAUGGUAGUCCUUUGUACUCUGUCUGGAGUGUUAGCUAUUUGCAUGCUGUCUGUGUUUCUGCUGCUAAGGGACAUGAGCUCCUACCUGCAGAAGUCCCUGGGGUCUGUGGUUUGUCCAUUGCUGUUUGCCCUCCUACCCAUUCCACCAUGGUCGCCUGCACUGGAAAAGAGGCACCUUCUUGUACUGUACAUUGUAUAUACAUGGAGGUUCAGGACACAAUAACAAUGCUAUGCAUUGAUUGGCGUCUCCCAUACAUGUCCAAUAUAGAAGGCAUCACCAGCUGGUGUUGGUGUGUCUGUCAGGGUUGCUGUUAGCCCCUUGUUUCUGUAACUGUUGUGGUGUUUCUGACUUCGAUCAUGAUUCCAUUAUGCCAGGAUUCCAUUCAGAGCCAUGGUUCCUGACGUAGACUGUUGUUUAUCUGUUGUUUAAAAUAAAUUGUAACUUAGAAAUAACAACAGUAGUCACUUACAAACAACCCAGUUCUCACAAAAUAUCCAACGGUUUGGGAAAGCAUAUAAUAAAGAUUGUCUCCAAAACUUCAGCUAAACUAUUUCAAGUAAUUAAUCACUGGUACUUAUUUUUCAUUAUGUACUCAAAGUUUGAUAUACCUUUAAACAAGUUUUUUUUUAUUGACUGCUAGCUUCCCUACUGUUGCAAUUUCCCACAUCUUCAGGAGCUAUUCAUCUUUGGCCAGUGAGCUAUUUGCUGAGUGUUUUGAAAAAACAAGUCUAGCAAUCAGAUUACAUAUUACUUCCUGAUUACUUUUUGAUGCACAUAUAAACUAAUAUGUCGAGACUACUUUCUACACUUUUGAGAUAUCAAAGCUGUGAAGGUUGAACAUUACUGAAUAAUCCAAGUGCCCAAUUCAGAAUGCCAAAGAUUUUUCAAAAUAUAGCAACUGUAAUUCCAAUUUCUUUGGAGCUGUAACAACACCGAGGCUAUGUUUUGUAGCAUCUUUUGAUCAAAUCCCACUGGGACUUACUUUUGUGUAGACACAUACAGGAUUGUGCUGUGAUUCUCUUUUCAACAGUGGCAGCAAUGAAGCCUGUGCAAAACAGUAAAAUGAUAAACAUGGAUCAGGGCCUAUCUCCACCAUUGUUGUUCCUCACCGAAACCAUUGAAAAUCAUUCCCACUCACUGAUGUCCCUUCUACCCAUUCAUACAGAUCUUAGUUGGGCUUUAGCUGUGCACAUCCAUGAUUUGUAGUACGCUGCUGGGAUCACAUUCUGGGUCUACUUCUCCUGUCUUGGAAAGGACUUUACCAUCGCCCCUUGGACCUUUCUUGCUACCAUGGAAAACGAGACCCCACAACACACCACCUCUCUCUGUCUCACUCCAAAUGCUUGUCUGAGAGCCUUUCACUUGUCUUGUUAUUCCCUGCAGCUGGUUUCCCUACUUCACACCACUUCUGAUACACGGACCUGUCACUUUCCACAAAACAGCUGGGGCUUUGGCGAUGAGGACUGCUGUUUAAAGUCUUUUAUUACAUGUAAAAUCUUGCCAGUAUCAAAUUGGCAGCACAAAGCUCUUUGGAGAUGGCAAUUUGACAGGGUUUCUAUAAUUCCUGGGGACCUCCCUGCUCAAGCUAGAGACCUGCUGGAUCUUGCUCAUCCUGGUGCGUCUUGCCAUAAAUUGCUCCCUAAGCAUACUUAGGAAUUGUGCUGCCUGUCUAUUGCUGAUGCAUGAACCUGCCUCCACAUUUUGUGCUGUAAUCUUCUUCGGAAAGAAAGAAAGAAAGAAAGAAAGAAAGAAAGAAAGAAAGAAAGAGAGAGAAGGAAGGAAGGAAGGAAGGAAGGAAGGAAGGAAGGAAGGAAGGAGGGAAGGAAGGAAGGAAGGAAGAGUCUGGGUAGCUGGGGGUAUAACCCCCUUUCUGUACCCUAUUUUCAGUUACCUAUAUGAAACUGCUGUCUGCAGCACCCCUCUAAUCAUUUCAUAAGUUCAUGAGUGAACCAGUCUCUAGUUUUGGGGUGGCAAUAUUUUUUUUUUCCUCUUUCCACUAUAAAAAAGGAACUGCACUUAAGCUAUGUUGUCCAGUUCAUAUAUGGGAGAGGCAAAUUUUCCUUGCCAUUACUCAGGACCGCAUAUGGCAAAUAUGGCUACACAUCACAUUUCCUAUUCUAACCAGGUAAAGGUAAAGGGACCCCUGACCGUUAAGUCCAGUUGCGGAUGACUCUGGGGUUGUGGCACUCAUCUCGCUUUACUGGCCAAGGGAGCCGGUGUUUGUCUGCAGACAGCUUCCGGGUCAUGUGGCCAGCAUGACUAAGCUGCUUCUGGCGGACCAGAGCAGCGCACGGAAACGCCGUUUACCUUCCCACCGGAGUGGUACCUAUUUAUCUACUUGCACUUUGAUGUGCUUUCGAACUGUUAGGUUGGCAGGAGCUGGGACCCAACAAUGGGAGCUUGCCCCGCUGCGGGGAUUUGAACCACUGACCUUCUGAUUGGCAAGCCCUAGGCUCAGUGGUUUAGACCACAGCACCACCCACCAGAGGGUGGCCAAUUUCCCCAGCUAUGUUACAGUGUCAAGUAUAUUUCACAACACUAAUAGCAAUAAGUAUGCUUCUACUAUGUUUCCCCCCAGUAUCCAUGCAGUGUUGAAGGCUGAUUAUUUAGCGACCAUUAUCACCGUGCAUCAUUUCUAUGGCAAACAACAUUAAUCAAAGGAGAGACAGAAGAGGACAACUCCCAUAGAGAGACACAGUUGGGCGUCAAAGCUCUCAGUGCUAAAGAUGUGUGGUGUCCAUAGCUUAGAGAGAGCAUCUCAUAUCUUUAAUUAUUGAUUAAGAAAACUCGAUUAAUGAAAAUAAGUCUAGGUAAAAAGAAGGUAUGCCAGAAAUAUAACUAUCUGCAUGGGGGGGGGUCUUUUUUAAUUGGAAAUGGCUGAGAAUGUAAAACAAAAGGCUUAGCAGAAAGAAAGGUAUUUGAAAUCUAUGACAAAUGUUGUUUUACAAUCAAGACAGGAUUGAGAAUUGAUCCAUGGUUUCAACAAAUCACAUUCCUUUCACAACCCAGCAGUCUUCAAUGUGCAUACAGAGCAGGCUUUAACAACCUGUGCUUUGGACUACAACUCCCAUAAGCCCUAGCAGUAGAAUGAAAAGGUAAAGGUAAAGGACCCCUGGACGGUUAAGUCCAGUCAAAGGUGACUAUGGGGUUGCAGCGCUCAUCUUGCUUUCAGGCCAAGGAAGCUGGCGUUUGUCCACAGACAGCUUUUCGGGUCCUGUGGCCAGCAUGACUAAACUGCUUCUGGCACAAUGGAACAAUGUGACGGAAACCAGAGUGCACAGAAAUGCGGUUUACCUUCCCGCCACAGCGCUACCUAUUUAACUACUUGCACUGGCAUGCCUUCGAACUGCUAGGUAGGCAGGAGUUGGGACAGAGCAACAUGAGCUCACCCCAUCAUGGAGAUUUGAACUGCUGACCUUCUGAAGGCAAGCCCAAGAGGCUCAGUGGUUUAGACCACAGCGCCACCCACAUCCUAGCCCCAGCAGUAUUGCAGGUUUGUGAAGGGAAGGCUGACCUAAGAGACAGUAUGUUUGAAUAUACCUCUCCCACAAAAUCUCCCUGGGUGGGUAAGCUUAGCACAUCCAGAGCAAGGCUUCUCAUUGACUUGAGCUAUAUAAGAAUGAUUAAUGCUAAGAUGCUAUGUGUGCAUCUGACGUAGUGAUACUCCUGCCCUUCUGCUUCAGUGAAAACAUCCAAUACUUAGACUUUUCAGAGGAAUUUUUUAAAGCAUCCAUCAGUUUUGAAAACCAAGAAAAUAAAGGCAAGGGGAGGGCUUUGUGGCAAUAUAUAGUCUCUGCCUAAGCUUCAGCUUAUUUGGGUCAGAGAGCUUUGGUGUGUUUUGUCAAACAAGCUCAGAUAUGACACAGCUCCCUUGUUCCCAAAGCUUUGAAGCAUCCCUGGGUUUACCCAUAGCUCUCUGAAGCCUUAGAAGAUCACCCAUUGGGGGCUUUUGCAUGGCUCAGUCUGAGCUGUGAUUAAUGUCCAAGACUUGUUCAAGAAACAUGGAAUUUUCUGAGGGGCAGUUAAUAAAGCAGUGUGUUAAGGUUGCCAGCACUAUAAGCUGGGACAGAUCUUUUUAUUAUUACUUUGGGAGACGGUUAAACUUUUUCUUUCGGAGUUUUCUGAGAAAGCUCAUGAAUACCAAGCCAGAAAUAAAUUAAAUGGGCGUGAGGGAGAGAUGCAGUACUAUGAGGAUUCUACAAGGCGACCUUCUCCAAUGGGGGCUCAGAUAUUUGUAUUGUGGAAUAAGUGACAACUGUGACUUACAAGUAAUUGAAUACUGCUCAAAGUUACACAGGUUUCUAUAGAAGCUUUGGGUUUCAUAAAGCAGAAAAAUUAAGUGCCAACUGGGAUGGGGAGGGGAAUUCAGUUUGCAUUCUAACGGAAACCUUUGCAUUCUGAAACAAUACGCAAACUGAAACCCAGCUUUCCUUCCAAAAUUCACACUUCUGCAAUUCUUCCAAAAAUGUGUACAAAAUGUAUGUCUCAAAAGAAAGUAUGCAUAAAAAUGCAUAUAUCUUUGAAACCAACACAUAGCUUUUUAUUGGGGAAGUUGCUUGAAAAAGGUAAAUAUUAAGCAAAAUUACAUACCAAAGUGUACUUAGAAUGCUGGCAAAUUUUCAUGAGCGUUUCCUAAAAAAUAAUAAUUAAUAAGUGAUACAUAAAUAUUGCAAACUGAACCUAAGGCUGAAAAACUGAGGAAAAACCACAUCUGCUUGAUUCCUCCAUCCUUGUUUCCAGCACUGCUGAACUGGUCCCUACAGCUGCACUAAGCUUUAAAGGAGCAAUCCUAUGCACACUGGUAUAAAGCAAGCCAGGAUAAAUUAAACCUGUGUAAAAUUGCACCAGAUCUAAAUCCCACUCAACAGUGGGGCUGCUGCUGGUCUAUCUAAGCCUGGCAGAGAGAAAAGCAGCCUUUAAAAUAGUGUUUUAACCUGGGUUGCCAAGCUGAACAGGUUCAGAAUCCUGCCACUGGUCCUGCCAUGCUUCCAGAAUGCCCCCUUUGUGGGGAGUUACACUGGCCUUGGCGAGACCAAGGAGCUAUCGCUGCCGCCUUUUUUUUGUGCCCUAAAAAAAGCUCACCAUCUUUGGCCUGUGUGCUGGGCAGAUCUUUGCACCCCACCGGAGCAUAUGCUAAAGAUAGCCCUGGCUGCCCAUCCCAAUGGAUCUUGCUCCCUUAAGUCUCAUUCUUGACUUUUCCAUCCUCACAGUAUAGGAAAGAGUGUGCUUCCUUCCACUAUGCAGAGAACAUGUAAUGGGAAAUCAGGUCUUCCCUUAAAGAGGGCACAUAUUACGGUGAGACCUGGAAACCGACACCCUGUGUUGUGGGUGGGUACGAUUGGUCAGCCACAACACCCGAUUGGUAGGUCCCUCGUAGCUGGGUGCAAUCUGGCCAAUGGGACACAGCCAAAACGGUUUGAGGGACCUAUUUAUACUCAUGCAUGUGACCCAGAGCUUCCUCUUUUGGCUCAUGCAUUGGAACACCCGCCCACCUCUCCCUACUUUUAGGGCUUUGCGCUUGACCUUGCUAUGCCGUCGUGUGUCAUCUGUCGUUGGGACAGGGGCACGGCAGGAAUUUUCCCCACUUGGCUGAUUGGCUGUUGCCAUUUGGGUUUCACCUGCCGCGUAGCAAAUCUUCACAACUCGUAAGGUUGUGGAUAGGCUCUGGUUCAGAUGAUAGGGAUGGGAGAACGCUCUCGCCAUCCCUAUGUGAAGGGUAUUCCGUUAAAGGAAUCCAGGUUUGGUCAACCCCUGUGAGGGGGUUGUGCCCAUGCCUGGGUCCUGGGAACAUUUGGGUGGUGGAGAUAGCCUGUUCCCGGCUUUCCGCUUAUUCGGGUGUUCACCCUUGGCUGACCUAUGCUGGUGCCCUGGGUCAGCGCUACCUGCAUGGCAGGGAGCUAGUCGAACCAGAGCCUAUGCAACCAUUCACUUUCUGUAAUCAAUAAAGUUGUGGCCUAAAUGCUGCCAAAAACCAAAACCAAAAUUUGAGUCAAGUGUGAAUUUAUUUAGGGGGAGGUUUCUGGGUCUGAACACGCAAAAGCCUUUCAUUGUUGGCAGGUCAGGCAGAGGGAGAGAAUCUUGUAAACCAGAUCCCUGCAUGACUGAUCCUGAUUUUACUAGGACAUCACUGAUAUCCCAGCAGCUGUCCUGGCUUCUUACGUCAAUCUGUGAUGUCCUGCUUCCUCCGCAGGGUCCCCACCAAGGCCUGGAGGCCUGCCACAGUCACUGACGUGCUUCAGGAAGCUGGGCCUCACUUCCAGAAGUGCACUUUCUCUUCUCUCCCAAUCUGAGCACUCAGCAGAGGCCUUUCGGAGAUGGUGGGACUUCUGGUGGAGGCAGUGGGUAGGGGGAUGAGUUGCAAGAUUGCACAGGGUAGUGGUGGCGGUGGCAGACCUGAGCGGGGGGGGCAGCUGCAAGGAUUUUGGUUAGAAUAAGUUGGAGGGUGUGGCGAUCACACAGGGUCCCCAGACGUUUAAUGGUCCCUGUGCCACCACUGUGCUCGCUUCCCCACUGCCACCAACCAGUUACUCUCUAGUAAAACACUGAGUCCAGUCAGCUGUCAAAAGUGAACCAAAAAAACCCCCAAGUUUGUUUUAAAAACAUUAACAAGUUUAUGGUUUCUCAGAUAAUAGUUCUGUCAGUAUCUUAACUUUAGUUUCUUUACUGGCCUAUACCUUCCUAAUCCCUUCCGACUGAUUAUCUCAACUGUUUGACUGACUCCUCUUAACAAAUUCUCUCACUCUCUCACACCAGACUAGCACAACCAACAGACUGUCUUCUCAACAACUCUAACUAACUAACUAAAAAAACCUCUGUGCUUAAACCUUAUACCCAGUUAACUCUGCCCCCUGGGUUCCCAUUCGUUAGUCAUUUUACAAUUGGUUAACCCUUUCCCUAUGAACCCAGUAUGAUGUCACACACAUAGGAGGGCAAACUCCACAGAGGGUUUGCCCUUGAUGGCAUCUCUGUGCUGAAAGAGAGGGCAGCGAUCCUGCUCAUCUAGCAUGCAAGAAAGUGACUACACUGUCAAAAGUAUGAAGCUGAAAAGCAAAAGGAAAGAAAAAAGGCACCAGUGAAAUGGAGAAAAGGAGGGAGAUGGAAUCUGAAGGGUGUGCUUUUUCAGUAAGCCUGGGGCAGAGGGACUGCAUUUUGCUAUGGUCAGUAAAACUUUGUGCACAUUUGAGAAUUAAUAUCCCCCCUUGCCCUCUUUUUAAAUGUAUGAAGGAGGUUGCAAGACUCUGAAAUUCAACAACUCUUGUUAUAUAUACCAAUAGCAGCAGAAAAUAUGAUUAAUAGGCGGCCUGAUUUCUGAGCAGUAGAAGAAAGGUAGUGUGUGAUUGUAAUGAAGAAGAAAUGAUACACGUCACACAACCCAACUUUCUAAAAUGCUUCCAAACUCCAAACCAUUCUGGAUGCCCAAAUUCAGAACACAGAGAGGAAUUUCUCUGGUCAGCAUGUUUAAACAGUGAAUCAGACAGCCAAGGGUUUAUUGAUCUGGCAUGGAUUUUACCAAAAGGGGUCAAACCUGAAAUACUGUAGGUUAAAUAUUGUGGGGGUUGUUUCUCUUUUGUGAAAACAUAUUUGGCUUCAGGCAAACAUGGUAGCUCUACACUUUGUGUUUGAAAACACAGUUUGUGUGACACUAAUAAAGGGAGACUAUGACUCAGACACCUUAUUUAUGCUACAACAUGCUAGAAAUAUAAUUCAAAGAGUAUCCUCACCUGGCAAUAGCUAUAUAUGUGCACUGAAGAAUUUUGUGGUAUUGUCUGAAAGAACAUAUUAUAUAUCAAAUAAAGCGAAGACCCUGAUACUUUAGAAUUUUCUCCUCUCCCCACCCCACCCCCAAGCAGACAGUGGGUAACAUUUCAAUUGUGCCUCUACUUACCUUUACCCUGUAUGGGAUGACAGUGACUUCUUUAGCAUAGAAUUGUAGAUUUGGAAUUAAUAUAAAAUUGCGUAGUUGGAAGGGACCACCAGGGUCAUCUAGUCCAACUCCCUGCAACGCAGGAAUCUUUUGCCCCAGGUGGGGCUCAAAUCCACACUCAAAAUAGUCAGUCUCGGCUUUUUAUUUGCAUUGAAUGUUAUUUAAGCUAAAGCUUUCGAUUUAUUGCCAUCUGUCUUUGAAAGCUAAUCCUACACUUUCAAAUGUUAUCAAAAAGGAUCUCUGCUGUUUUGUUUUUUUAAAAAAGACUGGAGUUCUGAUUUUUUAAUUUCAUAUUUUUUUGCUCACUUUGACUCAUCUCUUUGAACAUAAAAUUGCAAGGGUGAAGUAAUCUAACAAUUUUAUGUGCAUUUUAAACAAGUUGGUGGGGAGUAUCACAGUACUUUUGGAAUAUAGAAUGUGAAACUUCUUUUUUUAAAAGUACUGUGGUAAACAUUUUAUUUCAGUGGUUUUAUUUUGAAUUGUGUUUUAAGAUGCUCUAAGUAUUUCACAUGUAUUGGUUCUGUGUUAGCUUUGCAUCAGGUUGCAAAGAUAGGGCAUUUUUAGCUGUACAUUUCCCCCAUCCUUCUUAUUCUCAUAGAUCAUAAUGAUCUUGCAACAGUUCAAAAAGAUACUUAGCAUGCAUUGCUGUUUACCCAUAUUUCUCAGAUGUUUCAGAAAUGGGAGACCUGGAAUGGAAUCAGCAGUUAUGGAGGAUCUGAAAAUCAAAUCCAUGUGGCACAGAUCUAAAAUGCAGAGCAGAUCACUAUGGAUGUCUGUGUUGCUAGUGUCUUCAAAUCCUGAAUGGAAUUUGGAUCUCAUGUACUUUGCAUUAUCUUAACUUACGAUGGGCUUGUUUUACAGCAGCUUCUUGUGUAUACAAUUUAACAGGAAUGUUAAAAUCGCCUUACUUUUAGAAUACAUGACAACUUUAAUCAGAGCAGCUAAAGGCAUACAACUGCAACACACACACACACAUUCUUAUUACAAAAUCUAAACUGUCAGUACAAUAAAUGUAGAUAUAUUUUGGAUGGACAAAACAGUAGUCAAAAGCGAACUUUUAAAAUUGCUUAAACUCAACCAGUGAUGUCACCCCCCCCCCCAGGGAUGACACCCGGGGCAGACCACGCACACUGCACCCCCCUUCCUAUGCCAGUGAACUCAGCUAUUCUUCAUAACUUCCCUGAAAUCUGGUUAGAUCAUACCUCUCAACAGAUUCUCCAUUCCAAAUUCCAUCGGUUGCAAGAUCACAAUCAAUACAUAAUUAGAAUGAAUUGUGUUUGUUUUUAGUGCCUUGGGUGGCACUAUUAUUGCCACUGUUAUUUUAUUCACAACUUAAUACCAAAAUAGGAUUCCAUUUUGGUAACAGCACAUCCGAGGCAUCCCUUGCUACCCCCAUCAAGGAGCUGUAUCUGCACACACACCCAAUAUAUAUAUAUAUCAAUUUACAGCAAUAGCCACAUUAGAAAUUACUACCUUUUACAUGUCUCAAAUACUUGAAGCAUCCAGAGUGAAGGCAAGGCAAGGAGGAAGGGUGAACAAAUUUGCAUGCCUUUGUGCCACAGUGUGAGAAGGAUGAGAAGCUUCUCCUGUGUUUGAUCUCUCCAUAACAGCAGCGUUGUGUCACCACAGACAUAUGCAUCAGACACUCCAUAGUCUGAUUUUUGCACCCAACUGGGCAUGCACCCUUGCCGGGGGCAAGAUUCACCAACCCCUAGGGACGCCUCUGCACCACAUGCUUCUAGAUCUUCCUGUUUAUCAUUAUUAUUGGUUUUCCAUCUGACAAGGCUUAUCGCUGGCUAUUCCAUUGGUGAUAGGUUUUUGGGGGGUGUUUUUUUAAGCCCUUUAUUAGAAAAGUUGCCAUUGUAUAUAAUUGACCUCCAAUAGUAGCAAGGGUCAGUUCAUUAGGGGAAACUGGUCGCAAGUCUUCUAUGAACAUUCUGUUCUCAUACUGCCCAUUAGCAGUUGCUAAUGUAAAUUAAUGAUUGAAUGUGCAUUAAUGAGCCAUUGAUUUUUUUUUAAAAAAAAGAAUUAAACAGCGCUCUUAAAUUAUAUCAAGGGAAAUGGUCUGUUAGUAUGAUGCAAAUUAAUGCUUACCACUUCCCCCCAAAGAGAGAAAAGAAAGUGAAACAUUAAGACCAGGCUGUUUGGUAUCUUUCAGAGCCCUACCCUGGCAAGAGGCACAGAGAGAAAGAAAGAAAGAAAGAAGGAAAGAAAGAAAGAAAGAAAGAAAGAAAGAAGGAAAGAAAGAAAGAAAGAAAGAAAGAAAGAAAGAAAGAAAGAAAGAAAGAGACAUCAAAAGUGCAAUGUCACCAUCUCAAUGUGCUAUCAGACUGAGCAGAAGCUAACUGCAGCUUUGAUCAUAUUGCCGCCUCAGCCUUAAACUUAGUGCAGAAUAAGGGAGAAGGGGAUGAUGCUGUCAGAAAUUCCUUUUAAUCUUUGAAAGAAGAAAGGAAAGAAACUGUAACUGCAGCAGUAGUAAAUCAAAGUUAGACUCCCAGAUAAGAACUGUUAGCUGAUAGAUUCAGAAUUAUUAAGUGAAUUGUAAGAUAGGAUGGGGUGUUGUACAUUUUCUUCAUGUAUGUCAAACUGGCAGUGUAAUGUUCUUAACAUUAAUAUAUUUUUAAACCAUGCAAUAAGGUUCAGUGGGGCAUUCCGUGGUAACUGAGCAUAGGAUAGCAGCCUUAAUUAUCUGUCUUUGUUUCUUGGUUCCUGUAUGAUAAUAAAUAAAACAAAUAAAUGUGAUCCAAAAAGUUUAGUGGCACUCAGAA